CAUGCGUACUAAAUCGUCGACGUGCUGCAAGUGUGGCACGAGCCGCUCUUAAGACUUAGGCCGUUUUUCCUUUUUGUAAGACACUUUAAACCAUCAUGAAAACAAGGUUCACCACGGCGGACAUCAGGGCCGCUAUCGCCGAGAUAAAUGCCAACUACAUGGGCAUGCGAGUGAACAACGUGUACGACAUAGACAACAAGACGUACCUCAUCCGGCUACAAAAGCCUGACAGCAAAGCCAUUCUGCUGCUUGAAUCCGGCCUUCGGAUUCACUCCACAGACUUCGAAUGGCCCAAGAAUAUGAUGCCUUCAGGCUUCGCCAUGAAAUGUCGAAAGCACCUGAAGACGCGGCGGCUGACGCAGGUGAAGCAGCUCGGCAUCGACAGAAUCGUUGACCUCCAGUUUGGCUCUGAGGAGGCUGCGUACCACCUCAUCGUAGAACUCUAUGACCGGGGUAACAUCAUUCUGGCAGACCACGAGUACACCAUCCUCAACCUGCUGCGCUUUCGCAACGCCGAGGCUGAAGACGUCAAGAUUGCCGUGAGGGAGCGCUACCCCGUGGAGAGCGCCAGACCCCCAGAACCUCUCAUCACGUUACAACGACUCACUGAAAUAAUCAGCAAAGCACCGAAGGGAGAGCAAGUGAAAAGAGUGCUGAACCCUCACCUCACGUACGGAGCCACUCUCAUAGAACACUGUUUCAUAGAAGCCGGACUGUCUGGCUCAAUGAAAGUCGACAGUCAGGUAGAUGCUUCCCAAGUCACACCCAAAAUCCUAGAAGCCCUGCAAAUGGCCGAGAUGUACAUGGAGAAAACGGAGAACUUUAGCGGCAAAGGCUUCAUCGUUCAAAAGAGCGAGAAGAAAGCAAGUUUAACGCCUGGAAAAGCCAGCGAGGAGCUACUCACAUAUGAUGAAUUCCAUCCAUUCCUCUUUGCCCAGCAUUUAAAAAGUCCCCACUUGGAGUUUGAGUCCUUCAACAAGGCGGUGGAUGAGUUCUUCUCCAAGAUGGAGAGCCAGAAGAUCGACAUGAAGGCUUUGCAGCAGGAGAAGCAGGCCCUAAAGAAGCUGGAGAACGUCAAGAGGGACCACAAGCAGAGGCUGGAGGCCUUGCAUCAAGUUCAGGAAGUGGACCGAGUGAAAGGCGAACUGGUGGAGAUGAACCUGGCCGUGGUGGAGAGGGCGCUGCAGGUGAUCCGCAGCGCGCUGGCCAACCAGGUUGACUGGACCGAGAUCGGCGUGCUGGUCAAGGAGGCGCAGGCCGCCGGCGACCCCGUGGCGUGCACCAUCAAGGACCUCAAACUGCAGACCAACCACAUCACCAUGCUUUUAAAGAAUCCUUAUAUCACUGAGGAGGAACAGGAGGAGGAGGCGGAAGCCUUGAAGGAAGCCAUGCCGGAGAAAGGCAAGAAAAACAAAAAUAAAGACAAAGGUCAGAACAAGAAGCUGCAGAGGAACAAACCCAUGCUGGUUGAUGUGGACCUCAGCCUGUCGGCCUACGCCAACGCCAAGAAGUACUAUGACUGCAAGCGCAGUGCUGAAAAGAAGGAACAAAAGACCGUUCAAGCAGCAGAUAAGGCGAUGAAGUCGGCAGAGAAAAAAACCCAGCAAACCCUAAAGGAGGUCCAGACGGUGACCACCAUUCAGAAGGCCAGGAAGGUCUACUGGUUUGAGAAGUUCCUUUGGUUCAUCACGUCAGAGAACUAUCUCGUUAUCGCCGGGCGGGACCAGCAACAGAACGAGAUGAUCGUCAAGCGCUAUCUGCGGGCCGGGGACAUCUAUGUCCACGCUGACCUCCACGGCGCCACCAGUUGUGUCAUCAAAAACCCCUCAGGUAAUCCCGUCCCCCCUCGCACGCUCACCGAGGCGGGCACCAUGUCUGUGUGCUACAGCGCCGCCUGGGACGCCAAGAUAGUCACCAGUGCUUGGUGGGUCCACCAUCAUCAGGUCUCCAAGACUGCGCCGACAGGAGAGUACCUGACCACUGGCAGCUUCAUGAUCAGAGGAAAGAAAAACUAUCUGCCGCCUUCCUACUUGAUUAUGGGCUUCGGCUUUCUCUUUAAGGUAGAUGAGCAGAGCGUGUUCCGGCACAGAGGCGAGCGCAAGGUGAAAACGGUGGAGGAGGACGUCGAGGAAAUGGCGUCCAGAACGGCCGAGUUGUUGGAGGAAGGGGAGGAGCUCAUCGGCGACGAUAGCGGCGCUGAGGAUGGAGCAGAAGAUGAGAAAGAGGAGCUUGAGCCAGGGGGCGGCGGCGGAAAUGAUCCAGUGGCGAUUCCGGACGCGGACGGAACGCCGUUGGAGCGGAGCGACUCGGAGAGCGAAAAGGAAGACGACAGGAAGGAGGCCAAACGGGAAGCCAGCGAGGAAUUGAGCUACCCCGACACUACCAUCACACUCACUCACCUGCAGCCCAACAAGAGCUCCCAGAACUUCACCGUCAAAAAAGAAGAAGCCUCUCAGGCUGACGUCGACACGCAAGGGAGGAAGCACAUGACGGCUAAGCAGAGGAGAGACGAGAAGAAGAAGAAGCAGAGACAGGAAGCGAGUGAACUGGAAAAGAAGACUGAGGUUGCGCCCGCCGAACAAGAAGUGGACCGCGGAUCCAAAAGUGGCUGCGUACCAUCCCAGCAGCCGCUGAAGAGAGGCCAGAAGAACAAGCUGAAGAAGAUCAAAGAGAAGUACAAGGACCAGGACGAAGAGGACCGCGAGCUCAUGAUGCAGCUUCUUGGGGUACACGCGCACGCACAUGCCACGACGCACAACACAACACAGUCAUGCAAGCUCUCCUGGUCUUCUCAGUCGGCCGGUGCGAGCAAGGAAGACAAGGACAAGGGUAAGAAAGGCAAGAAGGGGAAGGGCAAAGAGGAGCCCCCUAGGAAGCCCCCACCUCAGAAGCCCCCUCCCAAAACUCCCCAGGAGGUGACCACCGCCAAGAAACCGCAGGAGACGGCCGCCGAGGGCGAGGAGGCGGCUUCUGCAGAGCAAGACGAUAAGGAGGACGACGUGGAUCCAGACAACCCCGGAGCAGAGGAAGCAGAGAACCUUCUGACGUCACUGACGGGCCAACCUCACGCCGAGGACGCGCUGAUGUUUGCGGUGCCCGUGUGCGCCCCCUACAGUGCGCUCUCCAACUGCAAGCACAAAGUUAAACUGACACCAGGCUCUCAAAAGAAAGGCAAAGCCGCCCGCACUGCAGUUUUGAGCUUCAUGAAAGCCAAGGAGGCUUCUGUGAGAGAAAAGGACUUGCUACGCAGCGUCAAGGACGGCGACCUAUCCAGGAACAUGCCUGGCAAGGUCAAAGUGUCUGCCCCUAACCUACUGGCUGCCAAGAGGAAGUAAGACACUGACGUACGCAAAGGAAACCCCAUCUACUUCUGGAUACUUUUACAUAUGAAGAUGGACUUUAAUGAACAAAAUUAUUCUUUGAACGACAAAAAAGUGACGAACCCUUUUCUGUUGUACCACCUUUUAUUUUCACUGGCCACGAAAUUAGGUACAGCAGAACCUUACGACUAUAUAAAAAAAAAUAGAAUAAUGAUCUGUCUUGAUUGACAUGGUCAAGAAAAGUAUUACUGUACAGCUAAUAAAGGUUUUAUGAUGGACAAUACGGGUUCACUUCCGAUUAGGAAAAUUGCAUUGACAGAAGUAGAAAACAACUGCAUUCCAUAACAUUUAUUCAUUACAGAACACACAAAAAUACAACAAAUAAUAAUUUCAUGUACAGUGAAAAGAAAACAUUUUCCUUUAUCUCUUUUAAAGUCCUUGAAGUUUGCUGUGGAGACAGAGUAAUGUUGUUUUAAUGUAAUGUUUAAAUACAACAAAUGUACAGAAAAGUUCCAACCUGUCCUCAAUGGUUCUGUUGGAUGGAUAGUACACCUUAAAUGUAAAACCACUUCUUGGGAAGGAGC